AUGUUCCCUGCAAUAGCCCCUCUAGCCUCACCAAUCUUACUCUUUCUUUUCUCAGCAAACAGUAACAGGUCAUUGCCUCACUUUCGGCGUCCUUUGUUCAUAAUGUCUACCGUUGACGCCAUUGUUGUUGGUGCCGGCUUCGGCGGCAUCUACAACCUCUACAAGCUCAAGGCGCUGGGACUCUCUGUCAAGUGCUUCGAGAAAGCACCCGAAGUCGGGGGCACGUGGUACUGGAGCCAAUAUCCAGGAGCUACCAGCGAUUCCUCCAGUGAAGUCUACAGAUUUAGCUUCGACAAAGACCUGCUAAAAACGUAUCCCUGGUCUACGCAUUUCCUUCCCCAGCAGGAAAGUCAGGCCUAUCUGAAGCACCUUGUAGAGCGCUACGACCUAGACCAGCACAUCCAAUUGAGCACAGAGCUGAAGGGAGCUUCAUUUGAUGUUGCCACGUCUUCAUGGACUGUCAACUUCUCCAAUGGCGAGAGCUACAGGACGACAUACCUGGUGCUGGCCUGCGGUAGUUUCCACACACCCAACUGGCCCAAGAUUCCCGGCCUCGACAAGUUUGCUGGCCCCGUCUAUCACACUGGUGACUGGCCUGAGAAGCGAGACCUCAGCGGAAAGCGGGUUGGCGUUAUCGGCACCGGCUCAUCGGGGGCCCAAGUCUUGGUCAACAUUGCAGAUGAGGUGAAACACCUGGUGUCUUUCCAGCGGUCAGCCCAACACGUUGUCCCUCACCCCAACGGCCCUGUAUCCGACGAGUACAGAGAGUGGAUCAACAAUAACUACGACAAUGUCUGGGAGCAAGUCAACAAACACCCCGUGGGACACCCACUGAUCCACAACACGACCCCUGCUAUGAGCGUCAGCGCAAAGGAGCGCGAGCAAAUCUGGGAAGAGCUCUGGAAUCACGGCACCAACGGCUUCAGUUUCAUGUAUGGGCCGUUUGGUGACAUCCACAGCAGCGCAGAGGCCAACCGCGAACUAUGCAAGUUCUUUGAGAAGAAGAUUGCCCAGUCCAUUACUGAUCCCGAUAAGCGGAAGAAGCUGAUUCCUAGUGAGAUCUACGGCAAGAGACCCGUCACUCUCUCGGGCUACUAUGAGACGUUUAACAAGAAGCAUGUUGACAUUGUCAACUAUGAACACACGCCGUUUGUGACAAUCAACGAGCAGGGCAUCCUGACUGAAGAAAAGCAGUGGGGCCUCGACGUGAUCAUCUUGGCCACGGGCUACGAAGUCAUGGACGGAAGCUACAACAAGCUCGAGUUGCAAGGAACACACGGAACCCUCAAGGACAGCUGGACCAAGGCCGGCCUUCCAACUUCAUAUCUCGGCGUCAGCGAAACUGGCUUCCCCAACAUGUUCUUCGUCGUCGGGCCCCAGUCACCAUUCGCGAACAUGCCGCCGCUGAUUGAGUGUCAGGGCAAUUUCAUUGCGGGAUUGAUCGAGAGAGCGGAAGCUCAGAAGAGGGAGAAUGGCGGCAAGAUUGUUCUCAUCGAGGCCAAAGAGAAGGCCAAGCAAGCGUGGAUAGAAAAGUGCCAAACGCUUGCAGAGCGCAGCCUGUUCAGGUCGGUCAAGUCUUACAUCUAUGGCAACACGGCGCCUGGAAAGGAUUCGCCUGGUAUCAUGUGGCUGGGAGGCUAUGGCUACUACCGAAACACCAUUAAAGAGGUGUCGGAGAAUCAAUACCCCGGCUUCUCGUUUUCUGCCUAG